GGCGGCGCCGCCACGCCCAUCGACCUCCUCUCUAUCGACGCUAUCCGCGCCUCGGGCUAGAGCCCCGAUAUGGACGAGAUGGCGCGCCAGCCUCGCCACGGCCCCAACUAUAACCAGCUGCUGCACCUGCUUAACGACCUACAGAACCACGCAAGCAGCUGGCCGUUCCCGAUGCCCGUCAAUAAGGAUGAGGUAGCCGACUACUACGACGUCAUUAAAAAGCCCAUGGACCUUAGCACUAUGGAGAGCAAGCUCGAGGCCGACCAGUACGCAACGCCCGAAGACUUUAUCCGAGACGCCCGCCUCAUCAUCGAGAACUGCCGCAAGUACAAUAAAGAGAGCACCGCCUACGCAAAGUACGCCACCAAGCUCGAGAAGUUCACAUGGCAACAGGUCAAGGCCAUCCCCGAAUGGUCCCAUCUCGAGCCCUAGAAGCGCCGCCAUGGC